CUGCGGGUCUAUUUUACGCUACCCUGUGCUCAUGCUCAACCUCUUCUCGAGAUUCCAGGCCGUCCGAGUGAGCAGUGCAAUUACCGAAACCGUUGUGCAAACGCAGCGCACCAAGCACCACCAGCUGAUCGGCUCGUCGUCUGCUGCUCGUCGCUUCCCUCCCACGCCGCAUCAGCUGUUUCCUCUCCUCGCACCUCGUCCAGUCAAGCUGAGCAGCACGUCGAGCACCAUGCCUGGAUCGGUGACCGAGAGUAACUUAACCGAGAGCCAAACGCGUGCCAUGUGGCGAGCGGCCGACUGUGUCUGCUUCGACGUCGACUCGACGGUCUGCAUGGACGAGGCCAUCGACGAACUGGCCCGCUUUGCAGGCAGGGACAAGGAGGUGGCCGAACUAACAAACAAGGCUAUGCGUGGGGGCAUGACAUUCAGGGAGGCUCUGGAACGGCGGCUAGAACUCAUCCAGCCAACGGCACGCAUGCUUCAAGAAUACAUCGAGCAGAACCCACCGCGGCUCUCGGUUGGCAUUGAGGAGCUGGUGGCUCAAUUACAAUCUCGUGGAGUUGCUGUGUAUCUGGUUUCUGGAGGUUUCCGGUCCAUCAUCGAGGGAGUUGCAGACGAGAUUGGCAUUCCUCGCAAGAAUAUUUUUGCAAAUCAGCUAAAGUUCUACUUUAAUGGCGAGUAUGCAGGCUAUGAUGAGAAGCAGCCCACAUCUCACCAAGAUGGCAAAGCUCGAGUGGUAUCCUUCCUCAAGCAGAAAUAUGGCUAUCAACGAGUCGUCAUGGUCGGCGAUGGGGCAACCGACCUGGCAGCUUGCCCUCCUGCGGAUGCAUUUGUCGGAUACGGUGGAAACCAAGUUCGUGAGAAAGUCAAGAAGGCAGCUUCGUGGUUUGUCUACAGCUUUGAUGAGCUAGUGCAGGAGUUGAAUAGGAAUUGACAUGACGACACCACUUUAUUUUGUUGCACCUGAUAUUUAUUUUUGUACAGUAUUUUAUUGUCCUUGCAGCCUCUCCAUUAUUAUUGAAACAAUGGGAAUCAGGCAGACUUUUCAGCUGUUUUUGCAAGUGGAUAUAGCAAUCGAAAGUUGCAAACUCGUUCAGGCUUUUCCAAGAAGCCAUUUCGGAAAAUGAUGUUCUAUGACGCAGAGGUGUCGAGAAGUGCUCAUAUUGAUCGAACAAAUUGCACCGCCACUCUGGAUAAAUGCAGCGUAGCCAACAUUUCUUUUCUGAUGCAUUUCAUAAACUAGAGAGAUCUGUUGUAACAUAAUUGUGCACAUCUUUUAUUUUUAUAUACAUGUAUUUCUCUCGAAAAACUUGAAAUAUUGAGGGACCUGUUUUAUGUUCUUAUCGAAAUUCAAAUGGUACCUGAAGCCAAAAGUUGCUAGCAAACAGUCUUAGAGCUUAACUUCAGUAUGAUGUCUCCAUUGUGUUUUGCCAUCUUAGUAUUAUCGACUAAAGCUGUUGGCUCUUAUGCCAAAUAAAAUUGGCACCUCUCACGG